GAGCGCUUGGUUUGUUGCACCGGGUGGACCGUGUGAUUUUAGCAUAUGUGGCACAAGCGGGCGGAGCUAAGCGGGCUGAGAUGCAGAUGCUGCUGAAGCAGGUGGAUGCUCUGUGCAGCUGAGGGACCAUCACAGGAAACUGGGAAACAGAUUUGGAGGUUUUUUCCGUCGUGGGGAACACAUUUCGCUCCACCUUUUCUACUUCUCUAUCCUCGCGGAUCCCCCCCCCUCCUCCCCCGCAGUGAGAGGCUCCGUCUGUCUGUCUGCGGCUUGCGGGGAUGUGAAGCUCCAUCGGCCGCAGCCUCUCCCCCCUGAACCAGCCUGAUAUUAUGCGGGGAACCAGGCGCUCUGCACGGACACAAGGGGAACAAAGCACCGCUGUAAAGAACCGCUCACAAACUGGCAGUAUUCGCCAGCCAUGGUCGACCCCUCGGAGGCUGAGGAUCAGUGCAAGGGCCCGCAGCUCAACGCCCCGGCUGUGGCCCCUGAAGACCCCCGCCUGCCGGACCAGGCCGAUGGCACCACGGAGGAGGACGGGGACGCCGGUUUCGAGACGCCGCCGUCCGGCAGCUCGGUGGCGAGCCCCUCCCAUGUGCCUGCCCCCGCCACUUCUGAGACUCCGCCCCCUGCUCCUGAGCAACCACAGACUCAGACUGACAGACCCCCCUCCCCAAAGCUGCACCUGGACCUGUACAACUUCGAGUCCCCGGUCGCCGAGGGCAGUCGCUACGUGCUGACGAGCCCCCACUCCCUGGAGGCCUGCGCCCGCUGCGGGGUCAAACCGGUGGAGCUGCUGCACCGGCCGCUCGGCGACUUCGCCCGCGAGGCGCCGGGCCGCUCCAUGCGGGUCGCCACGGGUCUGUUCGAGGUCUUCGAGAGGGAGAGACACGGCAAGCUGCGGCAGUGCCGGGAGGAGCGGGAGAGGAUCCUCAGGGAGGAGAAGCGCCGGCUCCUGCAGGCGGGGGUGAACACCGGCAGCAGGGAGUCCGCCCCCCCUCAGGACCAGCAGCACAAAACCCCCUCUGGACCUCAACCUCCCAAAUCUGGGUCGCUGACCUCCAGCUCAGACUCUGGAGCUUCCUCUAGAGUCCCCCCACCCUGUCCCGCAUCUAAACCGGCUCUUUUAGCUAAAGCCUCGACCGGUUCCUCCCCGAAAUCUCAGUCCUCCAAAACCGGUUCCCUGCUGUCCUCCAAGUCUGAAGUAAAGACCAGCCGCCCCCUCUCCGGCCCCCCACCCAUAAUCAGGAAGUCCUCAGGCGGUAAAUCCUCACACACCUUCCCCAGACCCACACCCAAACCCCCGUCCUUCCCUAGAGCCAACUCCACCCUCUCCUCCUCGGGGACUAAGCCCCUGAACGGGGUCUCAGGUCCGCCUGUCCCCCAGCACAACGGAACGGGCCUCCAGUCCAAGGUCCGAUCAAAGAGCCAUUCCCUGGAGUCCCUGCAGCGCCGGAUGGACCCCUCCUCCACCUCCAACACCACCACCACCUGCACCUCCUCAGAGUCCGGCGCCUCCUCCUCUUACAGCUGGGACGGGGUCCGGGACCACUGGGCAAAGGUCUCCAGCCCCCGCGCCCGCACCAUGGCCACCUUCAACUCGCUGAUGGGCCGCAGCCUCAGCCUGGGCGACCUCAGCCACUCCCUGCAGACCACGCAGAAGGUGGAGCGCAUCGUGAAAGAGGUGAAGCGCCGGGGCCUGAAGGCGGUGUCGGAGCGGGACCGCAAGAUUGCGGCGCUGAUGCUCGCCCGGUUCCAGGAGGAGGACAUCAUGAGCCAGACGCGCUAUGUGGCUCACCUGCAGUGGGACAGCGAGCGGCGCAUGGACGAGCUGCGGCGCGAGCAGGAGGACCGGGAGAAGCAGCGGGCGGUGCAGGAGUGCCAGCGGGUGUGGCAGACGCAGGUCUCCACCCGGCAGAGGAGGCUCAGCCAGCAGGAGAGACUCUCCACCGCCGCCAAGAUGCGCCAGGCGGAGGAGAGCGAGGAGCGCUGGAGGGAGCUGUCGGAGCAGCAGGAGCGCAGCCGGCUGCUCCGCUUGCAGCAGGCAGCGCGCGAGGAGAAGCACAAGAAGUCCCUGCAGGAGCAGAACCUGAAGGCGCUGGAGGAGGAGCGCGCCGCCAUGCUGGAGCAGGAGCGGCUGUUGCUGAAGGAGAAGCUCACCAUGGCUGAGCUGAAGAGGCAGGAGAAGGAGCACCAGAGCCAGGAGGACCGGCGGGGGCUGAACAAAGCGGAGAAGAGACGCCACGCCGCCCUGAUCCAGGAGAUCGCCCGCCGAGAGCAGGAGGAGAGGGAGGAGGCCCGGCGGGCGGCGGAGGAGAAGCUCAGCCGCUCCCUGGAGAACUACGAACACAUCGUGGAGCGCCGGGGCCAGGAGCUGAAGGAGAAGGCCAGGCGCGAGGAGAAACAGAUCCAGAAGGCGCGCAAUGCGGCGGGGAAGCGCGAGAAGCAGCAGCAGCAGCUCCUGGAGGCGCGCGCCAAGGAGGCGGAGAAACGGGCGCAGCAGGCGGCGCUGGUGGCCGAAGUCCGGGCGAAGGAGAAGGCCCAGCGCGCCGUGCAGAGCCGGCAGGAGAAGGAGAAGCUGCAGAAGCUCAACCGGCAGCGGGUGGAGGAGGAGGAGAAGCAGAGGAGGCAGGAGCUGCUGCAGUCCAUCGAGAGGAAGCUGGAGAAGAGCGAGCAGAUCUUCAAGGAGAAGCGUGCGGUGCUGGAGAGCGCCCGCUCCGUCGCCCAGGCCUCCUUCCACGUGCGGGACAAAGUGCGGGAGGAGACCAACAUGAGGACCUUCGAUAAGAUGGCUCUGGAGGCGCAGCUCAAAGCCAGCCUCAACCCCCAGUAGGCUCUGAGGUCACUUCCUGUGCCGACAGCUUUACCUUUUCUCCCAAAGUGUGUUCUUUACUUCCUGACAUCACCCCCCCCCC